AUGCGAGAUAAUGCAAGACGCAAAAGCCUGACAGGUGAUGCAUUAAAUCAAUUACGCAUGCGACAAAAAUUUGCAUCAAAGAAAUAUCGUGAUGGAUUAAAAUUAAAGCGAUUAAAUGAUAAUCGAUCAUCAACUUACAAAAAUCGUCAAUCAUUCGGUAAAGCCAUUAAGCGUGUUCAGAAAUCAUUACCAAAAGAACCAAAUAAACGUAUUAGUGUAGUUCGUCAUAUAGCACAAACACUUGAUAUUAUUCCAAAAACAACUGAUCUUCACGAACGUGAACAACGACAGUUACCGAGGGUGUGGGUGUGGGUGUGGGGGUGGGUGUCGGUGUCGGUGUCGGUGUGGGUGUAGGUGUGAGUGUGGGUGUGGGGUGGGAUGGGUGUGGGUGUGGGUGUGGGUGUUGAUCUCUCCACUCUCUACACCUACACCCACACCGACACCGACACCCACACCCACACCCACACCCACACCCACACCCACACCCACACCCACACCCACACCCACACCCACACUCACACCCACACCCACACCCACACCCACACCCACACCCACACCCACAUCCACACCCACCCACACCCACACCCACAUCCCGAACUCUUGAGGAAUCCUUGAACUCAACCGUGAAUAAAAAUAAAUAGCAAAUUAACACUGAUAAUCUAACAAAACUAAUAUAUGAAAGAACAAGUUUCUGCAAUUCAAUCAAAAAAACAAAUUGACAGGGCGCGAGGAAUUCAAGUAGCUCACACCACCCAAGGAACGCAAAAGAUUUCAAGGGAGCCAAGGAUUCCAAGAAAUGCAAGGAAGUCAAGGAUCCAAAGGAAGUAAUGGAUUCCAAGGAUCUCAAGGAUUCCAAGAAAUUCAAGGAAGUCAAGAAUCCAAAGGAAGUAACGGAUUCCAAGGAUCCCAAGGAAGCCAGGGAUCCUCAGGAAGUCAAGGAUCUCAAGACAGCUAAGAAUCCCAAGGAAUCCAAAGAAUUCAGGGAUUCCAGGGAAUUCAAGGAUCCUAAGAAACUCAAGGAUCUCAAGGAAUUCAAGGAUACCAAGGGAUUCAAGGAAUCCACAGAACACAAGGAAUUUACAGAAUACAAGGAACCAGAGGAGUCCAAAGAACUCAAGGAACCCAAAGGAUCCCAGGAACUACCGUCUAAUACAGUUUCUGUUCUCACCACGCAACCUAUGAUAGUAGCGAGAUUCCGUGGUUAGUGCAAGGCUGCUUUUUCCUGUAAAGUUCCACAUGUGUUUUAGCCUCGAUCCGGUAAUAGACCAUUAGACACUUUGCAUUAUAUAUAUAGAUAGACCUUAUAGCCUUACACUCUUGUAGUAUUCCCCGCUUAUAUGCUUAUUCCAUUCUUCUCUUAUACCACUGUAGCCUUAUAUUCUUGUAGUUGUACUCCUUCAUACCCUUAUCCUUCGUACAUCAGUAGCCGUAUCCCCUGUACCCUAUCCCUUACAGCGUUAUAUCCCUGGAGCCUUAUCUCCUUAUCAUCUUAUACUUUUAGAGUCUUACUCUCUUAUCUUCUUAUCCUCUUAUAUCCCUUUAGCCCUA